AUGCAGCGGCGCGGCGCGGGGCGCGGGUGGCUACGGCGGCGGCAGCAGCAACCCCCGCCGCCCGCGGUCGGCCCCCGGGCCGCAGCUAUGGCACCCCCGAGCGGCGGCUUCCCCCCGGGCCUCGGCGGGCGCCCUGCCUGCGCGCUGCUCCUGCUCUGCUACCUGAAUGUUGUACCGUCUUUGGGCAGGCAGACUUCCCUGACAACGUCGGUGAUACCCAGAGCGGAGCAAAGUGCGGCCUACAAAGACUUUAUCUAUUUCACCAUCUUCGAAGGGAAUGUCCGCAAUGUGUCUGAAGUCUCGGUGGAGUAUUUAUGCUCUCAGCCUUGUGUUGUCAAUUUGGAAGCAGUUGUUUCAUCUGAGUUCAGAAGUAGCAUUCCCGUGUACAAAAAAAGGUGGAAGAAUGAGAAACAUCUUCACACCAGCAGAACACAAAUCGUACAUGUGAAAUUCCCGAGCAUCAUGGUUUACAGAGAUGAUUAUUUCAUCAGACACUCCAUUUCAGUAUCUGUGGUGAUACUACGCGCCUGGAUUACUCACCAAUGCAGCAGUGGGGACUUGAAUGUUAAAUGGGAGGAAAAUUUGCUACAUGCUGUAGCAAAGAAUUACACGCUGUUGAAGACUGUCCCGCCUUUUGAACGCCCUUUCAAAGAUCAUCAAGUGUGCCUUGAGUGGAACAUGGAUUAUAUUUGGAACCUUCAAGCAAACAAGAUUCCCCAGUGUCCUCUCGAGAAUGAUGUGGUUACCCUCCUGGGAUUUCUCUAUGCCUCCAGUGGAGAAAACACAGGCAUUGUGAAGAAGUUCCUGAGAUUUCAGAAUCGAGAGCUGGAGGCCACUCGACGCCAGCGGAUAGAUUACCCAGUGUUUACUGUUUCAUUGUGGCUUUAUUUACUCCAUUAUUGCAAGGCCAAUCUCUGUGGGAUUCUGUACUUUGUUGAUUCUAAUGAGAUGUACGGCACACCUUCUAUAUUUCUUACUGAAGAGGGCUACUUGCAUAUUCAAAUGCAUCUUGUCAAAGGAGAAGAUCUUGCUGUAAAAACGAAAUUCACCAUACCUUUGAAGGAGUGGUUUCGCCUGGAUAUCUCUUUUAAUGGCGGCCAGAUAGUAGUAACCACCAGCAGUGGGCAGGAUUUGAAAGACUACCAUAAUCAGACAAUUAGUUUCCGUGAGGAUUUCCAUUAUAAUGACACCUCUGGGUACUUCAUUAUUGGAGGGAGCAGGUACGUGGCCGGCAUUGAAGGGUUUUUUGGACCGCUAAAGUACUAUCGCCUCCACGCUCUGCACCCUGCACAGAUUUUCAAUCCCCUCCUUGAGAAGCAACUUUCUGAACAAAUCAAGUUAUAUUAUGAAAGGUGUGCAGAAGUUCAAGAAAUAGUGUCUGUGUACACAUCCACGGUGCAUCAGGGGGACAGGAGACAAGAAGCAUGCAACCUCCGAAAUUCCUACCUGGACCUAAAACUCAGAUAUGGGCGGCCCUCGACGUGCAGAGCCUUCCCCUGGGAGAAGGAGCUGAGAGCCAAGCAUCGAAGCUUGUUCCAGGCUUUGUUGGAGCUGAGUUUGGUGACAGUGCCAAGGAACCAAAAUGAAUCUGUAUUAGACUUCGGUGGGCGGAUAUUCGAGAAGGCUGUAAAGAGACUCUCCAGUGUUGAUGGCCUUCACCAAAUUAGCUCCAUCGUCCCCUUUCUGAUGGAUGCCAGCUGCUGUGGAUACCAUAAAGCAUCCUACUACCUCGCAGUCUUUUAUGAAACUGGAUUAACUGUACCUCGGGAUCAGCUGCAGGGCAUGUUGUAUAGUUUGGUUGGAGGCCAGGGCAGUGAGAGACUGUCUUCGAUGAAUCUUGGGUACAAACAUUACCAGGGUAUUGAUAACUACCCCCUGGACUGGGAGUUGUCCUAUGCCUACUACAGCAACAUCGCCACCAAGACACCCCUUGACCAGCACACGCUACAAGGAGAUCAGGCAUAUGUUGAAACAAUUAGACUAAAAGAUGAUGAAAUACUCAAGGUACAAACCAAAGAAGAUGGAGAUGUCUUUAUGUGGCUGAAGCAUGAAGCUACUCGAGGCAAUGCGGCAGCUCAGCAACGGUUGGCCCAGAUGCUGUUCUGGGGCCAGCAAGGCGUGGCCAAGAACCCGGAAGCGGCUAUCGAGUGGUAUGCCAAGGGUGCCCUGGAGACUGAGGACCCCGCGUUAAUAUACGACUACGCCAUUGUGUUAUUCAAGGGUCAAGGAGUGAAAAAGAACAGACGGCUUGCCUUAGAGCUGAUGAAGAAAGCAGCUUCCAAGGGGUUGCAUCAGGCAGUCAAUGGCCUGGGAUGGUAUUACCACAAAUUCAAGAAAAAUUAUGCCAAAGCGGCUAAGUACUGGUUAAAAGCAGAAGAAAUGGGGAACCCAGAUGCCUCAUACAAUCUUGGAGUCCUGUACUUGGAUGGCAUUUUCCCAGGAGCUCCUGGAAGGAAUCAGACAUUAGCCGGUGAAUAUUUCCAUAAGGCUGCACAAGGCGGACACAUGGAAGGAACUUUGUGGUGUUCUCUGUACUAUGUCACGGGCAACCUGGAGACGUUCCCGCGAGAUCCCGAGAAGGCUGUUGUAUGGGCAAAGCACAUAGCUGAGAAAAAUGGCUACUUGGGUCAUGUCAUUCGCAAAGGCCUCAAUGCCUACCUAGAGGGCUCAUGGCACGAAGCUUUGCUGUAUUAUGUUUUAGCAGCAGAAACUGGAAUUGAAGUGUCACAGACAAAUUUAGCACACAUCUGUGAGGAGAGGCCAGACCUGGCCAAGAGAUACUUGGGUGUUAAUUGUGUGUGGAGAUACUAUAAUUUCUCUGUUUUUCAAAUCGAUGCUCCUUCAUUUGCAUAUUUGAAAAUGGGAGAUCUUUACUACUAUGGCCACCAAAACCAGUCACAAGACCUUGAGCUGUCUCUGCAGAUGUACGCCCAAGCAGCGCUGGAUGGAGACUCACAGGGAUAUUUUAACCUGGCCCUGCUAAUAGAGGAAGGUGCUAUAAUCCCACAUCAUAUUCUGGAUUUCUUGGAAAUUGACCCAACAAUCCAUUCUAAUAACAUCUCCAUCCUCCGGGAACUGUAUGAAAGGUGCUGGAGCCGUAGCAAUGAAGAAUCCUUCAGCCCCUGCUCCCUGGCCUGGCUUUACCUUAACCUCCGGCUGAUCUGGGGCACUGUCCUGCACUCUGCGCUGAUCUACUUCCUGGGAACCUUCCUGCUGUCCGUAUUGAUCGCCUGGACUGUGCAAUAUUUCCAGUCUGUCUCAGCGAGCAAUCCCCACCUGACACCAGCCCGGGCCUCCGCAGACCCUACUGCCCCCACUGCAAGUCCAGCUGUGACUCCAGUGGCAGACGCCUCCGCUCAGGACCAGCCCACCGUCAUCAACAGUCCAGAACCACGUGGGUGA